CUUCCCUCCCUCUUUCACAUUCUCUCAACUCAUCAUAAUUUUUUUAUCUUAGCCAACCUUCUUCCUGUCACAUUGAUCCUUUUGCAUUCCUCUGGUGGUUGAGACAGGUCUCUUCCGCUAUACUUCUUUUUCCUCCUUGUUGUUUUUCCCUUCCUCGGAAUCGGCCCUACUGAUUUAUCUCUCCACUCCGCAACCUGGUCUCGGUUUCUUCGGUAUUAUCUUUUCGACCUUCACAACAGUGACGCCUCACCCACCGCCGCGCGCCCUUUCCUCUUUCCCUCCCUUCUAACCCUUCUCCCUCCUCUUUGCGGCUCCGGCUGCGUCUGGAGCUACAACAGCUCGAUGGCGGUCUCCGAACAAAUCCCCGGGCAGGAGUUAGAGUAUGACUACGAAGCCCUCCCGUCUAACUAUGGCCUCGGCCGGAAUAUGCUGGCUGGUGCCUUUGCAGGGAUAGCGGAACAUGCUGUCAUGUAUCCGGUGGACUUGUUGAAGACUCGCAUGCAAAUCCUGCAUCCUGCGAACGGCGGACUCUACACAGGUCUCACUAAUGCGUUUUCCACAAUUUACCGAAUUGAGGGCUGGCGGACAUUAUGGAAGGGCGUUUCGAGCGUUAUUGUCGGCGCUGGCCCCGCCCACGCUGUCUACUUUGGUACAUAUGAAAUUGUAAAGGAUCUUGCCGGUGGCAAUGUCGAUGACGGUCACCAUCCCCUUGCUGCAGCCCUGAGUGGUGCCUCGGCGACCAUUGCCAGUGACGCUUUGAUGAAUCCCUUCGAUGUGAUUAAGCAACGUAUGCAAGUUCAUGGCUCGGUACACAAGACUAUCCUUCAAUGCGCCCGGUCUGUCUACCGAACGGAAGGUCUUCAGGCUUUCUACGUUUCCUAUCCUACCACACUCUGCAUGACCGUCCCCUUCACCGCUACACAGUUCGUUGCCUAUGAGUCCAUUUCUAAGGUGAUGAAUCCCUCCGGAGAUUACGACCCGUUCACCCACUGCAUGGCAGGUGGUCUCGCAGGCGCUUUCGCAGCUGGUCUCACAACACCACUCGACGUGGUGAAGACGCUCCUGCAAACCCGCGGUUUGGCACAGAACGAGGAAAUUCGGUCGGCGAAGGGUCUUUUUAACGCCGCAUCCAUUAUCAAGCGGCAGUUCGGUUGGAGUGGUUUCCUGCGUGGCGCCCGUCCCCGUAUCAUUUCUACGAUGCCCAGCACAGCCAUUUGCUGGACCUCUUAUGAGAUGGCCAAGGCGUACUUCAAGCGCCAGGAGGUCGCCUAAAAAGUGUGUCUUUUUCCCCACUGGCCCGAUCGCAUGAAUUCGACUUCCACAUUACCCAUCAUAAAUCUCCGUGCUGGGGCCUUGUGUAAGGCUUCCCGCGACCAACAAAACAAUGAUCAAACCAACUUAAAAUAAAUUUUCUUUUAAAAAAAAAAAUUAAUAAGACGGCCGGUUGAUAGCGGCCAAGUGUCACGUGCGAAGGGCGGAAAUGCGACACGAGAGGAAUUCCAAGCCAUGUUGCGGGCAGAAUUCC